CAUGGCGCAGGUGACCGCACUCCUCGCUCUGCUGUUGACGGUCUCUUCCUAUGUCCACGCCCAGACUUCGACGCCAUGCAGCGUCCGACGUGAUGCGGCGUGUUUGGCGGCCAUGAGGUCCCUCUACACCAACACCUCGGCCUAUUGGUUUGGGACGAUGUUCGCGACGGACUGCCCACCCGGCAGUGGAGGAAUCUUGUGUGGAAACUCGAACCCAUCAGGAACCUCCCUCCUCACUCGACUCUUGGGAAACAACGCCGCCGACGCCAGCGGUUUAUCCUUCGUCGUCAACGUCACGUACCCCAUUACUCUUCCAGCUGAUGGAUCUGACCGAACAUACCCCGGGUGUGGGAGGGUAGUGGACGUACCCUAUACAAGGUCACAAUAUUUCUCCAUCGACGCCCUGGGCUCUACUGUAUAUCCCCCUUUCGACGUGCGCGAGCUGCCGGAAGUGACGUGGCCAGCGGAGCAGAACGCCCUCUACACUGUCAUGAUGUAUGACGUUGGCUUCAGCUUCAUGCACGCGUUGUACAUCAACGUCGUCGGCGGCAGGCUGCAGGGUGGAGAUACCAUAGUUGCCUAUUUUGGGCCUGGAAACCCCCUGGAGCGGGUGAACCCUUACAUGUGGGUCGUGUUUCGGCAACAGGGACGUCUGGACGUCUCCACCAUCAACAGCUUUUACCGCACACUCCAAUCCCAAAACCAAAACAUCUUCGCCAGAGACAUUGUGGCGCCGCUGGGGCUCUCGAUGCAGUCGUAUGGCAUCAACGUGGUCAUGGUAACAACGGAUGAGUACGCCGCUGCCCGCAUCCGGUCUCUUGGUUUUCUGAACAGAUGUCCAUUCUAUUAUGGGCAGUGGCUGGACAGCUACAUCCAGAGAAGAGGAGGUCUCCCGUCACUUCCGGCCCGGUUUGGUCUCAGUGUCUCCAUUGAUGUCAGCUUCACCGCCCCUGCUAUAACGUACACAUCGUGCGACAUAGUGUACCAGAGAGGCCCUGUAAACCUCACAGUAGAUUAUCAGAACAGGGAACUAUUAGGCGCUGUGGAGGCCCGGCUCACCCCUCAAGUCAGUCUGGUUCCAUUGGUGAUCCUGGGUCAACCCCAUCAGUCACACUUAGAGACAAGCUUUACACACUAAUGAUGUACGACCCCACCCCAGAGAUCGGACAAACUGACCAGAACUCCUACGUCCACUGGAUGGUCGUCAACAUCCGGGGCACUGACAUCACUUCCGGUGACGUGGUAUAUGACUGGCUACUUCCCAUGACAACAAGAUUGAAUCAGCUCUACCUGUUUGUCUUGCUUGAGCAGACGGCACCUGUCAGUCCAACAACAGCUCUAUCCUUCGGGGCAACAGACUGCAAUUCAUAUAUCAUAAGGAGAUGCAAGUUCCGGGCUGGAGACUUCAUCCGCUACAAUAAUCUCUCCCUCGUCGGCAUGAGACACCUGAGGGUGAUCCCCGACACCUACCAACAGUAUAUGUCGUACUCGGUUGCCAACUUCCAAACCAAGGGUCAAGCCUGUUGGGGAGAGGCUCCUGACACUCCGCAAUGUCCAAUCAGGUCAGGAAGCACGCAGACUAAACCAGUUGGCAUCAUGUCAGUUCUGGCAGUAUUGGCAACCUACUUGACCAUCAGGAACUAGCAGGUGCCCGUGACGAUCCACCCACUUACUAAACAAUGGUGCAUGGUAGUUAUGCUUGAAUAUUAUGUAAUGGCAUCCAUUUCUUGACGGUGUUUAAAACACACUUCCUGUCAUGGUUUAUGUAAUCCCUUCAGCCUAAUGUACAUUUACCUUCUGAUUAUCAUUUGAUUAUCCUCCACACUUCCACAAUCAUUUUUGUGACCCCUUUAGCUUAAUGUACAUUUACCUUCUGAUUAUCAUUUGAUUAUCCUCCUCUCUUCCACAAUCAUUUUGUGACUCCUUAAGCUUAAUGUACAUUUAACUCCUGAUUAUCAUUUGAUUAUCCUCCACACUUCCACAAUCUUUUUGUGACCCCUUAAGCUCAAUGUACAUUUACCUCCUGAUUAUCAUUUGAUUAUCCUCCAGGCCUGAUUGGUCGUACAUUGUCCCGUUGAUCCUGAUAAUCCGGUAUAGCGGCUGUAAUGUACUUUUCACAUUAAAUAUUUUUCAUAUGC